AUGAGUGCCUCUAUGUCCUCCAGCUCAGGUCGGGUACCGAAGAAGAGUACGAGGAAAAAGAAGGGCUGCUACAGGAGAUAUGCAGCCUCGCAAAAGACUUCGCCUACAAGGUCAAAAGCCGCAAAGCGCAGUCCCUCUGCCGGUCAGAGGGUCAGUGCGGCUUUGACUCGCGACACUGCCGCUGCUACGUUGGUGCCAGCGUCGCAAGUCGCCUUCGAGCCACUCAGCGCAGAUGCAAGUUGUGACGACGCAUCUCAGAGUGCUGCAGACCUACUGGAGAGAAUUGUACAGGGCACCGACAUAGCCGCAACACCUGGCCCCUCGAACGAAACCACGACCACUGCUAAUAACCCGCGGCAAGAGGCAUUAACGAAUGCGGACGACAGGCCCGAUACUGAAGGAGCUGCCCAAGUUGUGCCUAGAAGACGCAGGGCUGAAGCAGCGACGGCUAGUGCGGACUAUGAAUUCAUCGAGAAGAGGUGGAGACACGAGAGGGCCCUGAAAGAGAAGGAGCACGCGCUUGAGAUGGAGCGUUUGGCCGUCGAAAAGCUCCGAAUCGAGCGAAAGCAACAACGCUCUGAGCAAAGGCACGCACUGAAACGAGAGAGAACUGAAAGAGAGCUGCAACUGAGAGAGCGGGAAAUGUAAAUUCGCGAACGCCAGCUGCAAGCACAACUCGACGAAGCGAGCCAAAGAGAGCAGCUGUCGAGAUUCCACAAGGCUACUCAAG